AUGGCCUCCGCCAUCACGAUCUUUCGUCUCUUCGCGUUAUCCGCUGCUUUGGGGCAGGUGACUGCUACCUUCAGUCUCAAUACUUCUGGUCCUAGUUGGGACUAUACAACCAAGGUCUUAGCAAACACAACGUCACAGGCCUGCAAGGACGCUUACAGCGCUAAUAUCAACUGCGAUGAAACCCUCCUCGAGAUCGUGGCGUCUAUGAAUCCUAACUUCAACCCGCAACCUUCGGACUUCCAGGCUAUGUGCACCACGACAUGCAGUGAUUCAUUAUCCCAGUAUGUCAAGAACGUCAAGGCCGCAUGCGACACGGACGGCGAUCUAGCCGGGGUUGCCAAGGGGAAUACGUAUGUUUAUCAGGCUCCCGUGGCCAGCGUGGGCGAGGUUUUCCAGUACAAAUACGGCCAAUCCUGUGCCAAGAGCGGGUCUGAUUACUGCUAUUUGACCUAUCCCAACAGCUCCGAUUGGGCCAGAGCCGACUUCCCAUGUAGCGACAAGUGUGCAGUCCAGUUCUUCCAAAACGCACAUGAGCAACCCGGCUCGGCAUAUUUCUUUGACUACUUUGCUCUUUGUAAUCAAACAACCUGGUGGGAGCAUAUUUUGGCCGGUGGUUGGGAGACCGUGGUUCAAUGCGGCGAUGGUGGAAGCGAUCUAAGCUCCCAUCAAAGCGGCUAUUUCUACGACUUCAACAUCAACUGCAGCGAUGACAACCGCCGCAUCGGUUCGGUCUACCUCUAA